AGGGUGUUGCGACGUUCGCAGCAUCCGCGUUCUCGUAUCUCGAAAACUCCGUCCGUUCGUUCUUCUCUCGAAGUGAAAUCUUGUCGCGAACGUUUUGUAUCGCGAUCGUUUCCGCUCGUCUCCUCGUCGAGAGAAGAAAAUACGUCGGAUCUUCGUUCGUUAUCUCUAACGCGGCGUGAGUCAUCUACGCGCGUCUGCCAUGUGUUUGAGCGUCGGGAGACCUUGUGGUGUCGCACGUGUGCGUGAUGACGAUGUCGCGCGAUGUACGAUCUCUUGGACGAAAAAUCUCUCGGCGAAUGUCAAAAAGUGAGAAAAAAAACAUGAUCGACAAUUCGGAUUAAAAGACAUGUGCACGCCGGAAGAAAUAAAGGUUUGCGAAGAGACACUGGCGGAGCACAAGGAGAGACUGGCGGGACUGCGCGAUCUGGUGGCGCAAAUCGCAUCGGACGUAGGUCUGGACGCCGGUGGACCGUUGCACUGUGAAGUCGAGGCGCUCGGUCAACGACUCGAGGAUGUUCGAGAAACCUUGUCGACCCUCGCGGACACGGUAGACGCCCGUGUCCUCAACCAGGAACUCGCUCGCAGCGAUCUGUGCCAAACGAAAAAUUUCCUGGAUUCGGUCCAACAGAGUUUAACAACGGUGGGUCAAGGUGAGACGAACGAGCAGUUAACGGUGUUGCGAAAUUAUCUUCUCACGUUGACACGAACCGAGCCGCAGCUUCAGUCCAUCAAGGAUCGCGCGUUAGACGUGAAUGUCCACGAUCCGUUGGUGGUCGAGGUGGUUCAGCUAUGGCAGCGCGUGUUUCUGGAAACGUUUCAGCAAUAUCUUCGUUUGUCCACGCGAUUGAUUCGCUCGCAAGACGUGGUCACCGCGCUCAAGCUCUGGCAGGAUUAUCUGACCCACGUGCAGGACUUCUUGUCGAGCGGCGUGCCGAGCGACUACGACGGUUUGUUGGAGCAUCGAAAUCUUUGCGAGGUUCAUCGAAAGCUUCUGCAGCAGAAGCAACAGACCCUCAUGUUUAUAAUGAGACAGGAGGAGGACGGGGACCUGUCGGUCACUGAACAAUUCAGCACUCUGACCAAUCUGCACAACGAGACGCUGGCGAGGAUAUUGGAGCGACACGCGGCGGUGCGCGACAAGAUAUCGGCCUGGGACAGAUACAGGCUGGAUCGGGGCAAACUGUUGACGUGGCUGAACGAAAUCGAGAGGGAACGACAGCGCAUGCAUCUGCGGUUCAUUCACUUGCGACAGCUCAACAAGAUUCUGCAGAGAAUUCAAGCGCUUCUGGACAAAUUACCGGUUGGUGAGGCGCAGAUCAAGUCUCUUCAAGAACAACAGGAGUCUCUUUUGAGAGACUGCGACGAGGAACUGGCGGUGUCGAUACGCAUGGAGCACGCGGCGAACGCGCAACAUAUCAGCAACUUGCGCGCCGGUCUGGAAACUUGGAGGGACUUUGUACAGCGAGUGCAGAAAUUGCACAAAGAACACGACGAACAAUCGGCGGCGAUCACCGCCAUCUUUCAGGAAAUUGGCCAGGUCUUGAGCGCGGCUUUUCACGCGGGACCAACGAGUCUGUCCAAGACGAAAGAGAAACUGGACUCGCUUCAACAUCUGAGAACUCGUCUGACCGAAGCCCAACGUACGCUCGAGUCUCUCGGCGUUAUCACGGAACAGCUGAGGGAGUGCGUGAGUCCGAGCGACAUGAGAACGUUGAAUCAACACGACGCGCUUCUGUCGCAGCAACACGGCGACCUCGAAUAUCAACUGGCCCUGUUGGCGUACAGACUCGGAGAACGCUACGGUUUCUAUGACCGAUGGGAGAGCAGAUUGAACAAAUUUCUAUCGUGGAUAGAAGACGCAGCGGUCAGACGGCAGAACUACGAUCUGAUGACGCCGGACGAUCCCGAGGAUACGGUGAAGCGAUUCGAGUGCGAGCUGCAGACGGAAAUGAAUCUCAAGCAGCGCGAGCUCGAGUGGCUGCAAACCACAGGUCAGGAACUGAUCGAGCUCGCGGAGGAAGCGGAGAAAACGAAGCUUCAACAGUCGUUGGAUCGGUUGAACGACAAGUGGAACAAUUUGCUGACCGGCGGCAAAGCCAGAGCCAACAAACUGUCCGGUUUGAUUCAAACUAUGAACUCGUUGUUGAAGAGAAUAAGCGAUCUGCGAACUUGGCUGACCGGUAUCGAGAAUCAAUUGUCGGAACCUCUCAUAAUCGAGAAACCUACGCAACAAAGCGUCGACAAGAAGUUCGAGGAUCACGAACAUCUAAAGAACACAAUCGAGGCUGAGAGCGGCAACAUCGGCGAGGUGUUAAAUUUGUGCGAGAUCUUGCUGAACGAUUGCGACGUGUGGAAAGCCUCUUUCAACACGGACGCGUUAAAAAGCGGCAUGGAGGGUCUGGAGAGACGAUGGAAGGCGGUGUGCGUGAAAUCUACCGAGCGCAAGAAAAAGAUCGCGAUGAUCUGGAAAUUGCUGCAGGAACUCGACAAGAUCAAAUGCGAGCACGAGCCGUGGCUGGUCAGCGCGGAGAAAUCUCUGACGGAACUGCAGAACAGUAUGACCGACAUUUCGAAGGAGGAAUCGGAGAAAUUGAUCGAGAAGGCUAAAUCGAUCGCUCAGGACAUAGAGGCGCAUCAGAAGGCUCUGAAGAUGCUCGAGCAGAUGUUCGGUCGUUUGGCCAAGUCCGGAUUGGAUCCCGAUAAUUUCAGAUCGCUCACGAGCGAGGCGCGGAAAACCAUCGAGAGAUGGUUGAGUCUCGAGAAGAGAAUCAGCGCCAUUAUCUCGAGUAUUCAGCGUGAGCAGAAGACUUAUCACGAGUUCGUCGCCGCUCACGGCGCCGCGGUGGUGGGUCUGGCGCAAGUUGACGUUCGUCUGACUCAGAUGCAACAUCUCGCCACGCCCGAACAGACGUCGUCACUGCGACGACGACGUCAGCAGUUGAGCGAGAUCGAGGAAGAGCUCGAUACUCAAAACGUUGUCUUGCGACAAGCGGACGAGCUGGCGUUGCGAGUGAUGCAGGACAGCAAUCCCGAAGACGUGGCCGCGAUUCAGGAAUUGGUGGACGAGUAUCAACUUAUGUGGCAGGACAUAAAAGCGCGAGUGACUUCGUUGAGGGCGGAAUUGGAGCACGAAAGAACGGAGGUCGACGAGGCGGUUCAAGUGGAAACCUUGAAGUUCGAGCAGGACACAGCUGUUCAAGUGGACACCCUACCGAGACUAAUCAGAAUGACCUCGUGCGACGCGUAUUUGAUGGAACUCGAGGCUGCUCUGAACGAGUGCAACAAUUCAUUGAACGCUCUCGAAGCAGCGGUAACGCCUGAUCCAGUUUCCGGUCCAGGACUCAACGCUGCCGCUAAGACUAUCGCGAAACUAAUCGGAAGUUCCCAGUCUUCGAUAGAACUGGUGCGUCACCUUCACAAUCUACUCGUAGAAGACGGCAAACUGAGUCCGGGAGCGGCCAAAAGCAGAGACGUGACGACGCUUAUAGCUCGAUACGACACACUCAUCGCACAAGCGAGAGCACGUGAACAACUGAUCAGAGAACUCAGAUCACCCGUCACCGACGCUUAUGCUUUCCCAUGUGACCACGAUAAUGGCAGAUUGACAUGUCCGUUGUGCUCGCGUCGCAACUGGGCUCAGUUGGACAAUGAUCUAUGGCGUUUAGACAAAUGGUUGGAAUACGCCGAGGGUACUCAGAGCGAGCAACACUCGCCCCCCGGGGACAUAGAACAGUUGGAGGACGUGAUUCAAGAUCAUCGCGAGUUUCUGUUGGAUCUUGACAGUCACAAGAGCAUCGUGACGAGUUUGAACAUCGUCGGUGCUCACUUGGCCGAUCACGCGGAUGACACGGAACGCGCGAACGAGCUUCGCGAUCGAUUGGCCGUUGCGAACGGCAGAUGGGAAAAGAUUUGCACGACCGCGGCGCGUUGGCAAGAACAAUUACAGCGCGCUCUUAUGACGAAUCAUCAGUUUUAUCGAAUUAUAGACGAGCUGUUGGCUUGGCUCGAGCGUACCGAAGUUAACAUUCGCGCGAGCGAACCGAUCGAUCUCACGGAAUCCGCGAACAUCAUAGAAGCGAAAUAUAACAAAUUUAGGGAGUUGCGAAGCGAUCUUGAGCGUUGCGAGCCGCGCGUUAUAUCGUUGCAAGAAGCGGCCAAUCAACUAUUGGACGAGGAAACGGAAAGCAGAGCGCGUCUGCAGGAAUUACGACUAAGACUGCAAUCACUGAGACGACUUACCGGGAUCUACGCUGUCAAACUUGGAGCCGCUCUCGGACUGGAAUCGCGGGAUGUCGGUCUGGCAGCCACGUCCACGUCCCUGGCGUCUCUCUCGCACGAGCUGCUCGACGAAGCUGCCUCUGGGACUGCUCAGCCUCACAUCACCGGCACAGAUGGUGAGGAAAGAAACCGUACGGUUUUGGCGCGCGGAUAUUACUUCCUCGGGAGGGUUCUGCGGGUUUCCCUCCCGAUUCAGGCGCUGAUGCUGCUGCUGCUCGGCGUGGCGUCGCUGGUGCCGUCCGCGGAGGAGGACUACAGUUGUACGCUUUCCAAUAAUCUCGCGAGAAGUUUCACGCCGCUAGCCUUUUAUCCGAACGGUCCGCCGCCGGUGUAAUUGUACACAUGUAUGUGUGUGUGUGCGUGUGUGUGUGUUUGUGUGUGGGCACGAGCGCGUAUGUGUGUUUUGUAAGCAGGUCCCACACCGCGAUCGGCGAAAGAUCCCCGCAACACGUCGCGUGAUGUACCACAGGCCGAUAUUCACAGUCGGAUCUUGGAUCUUGCGGAUCGUCUCGAGUCUCCUCUCUUGUCUCAAGUGUCAUCCAGACGAACUUAAACAUUCUCACACAAAAUGUUUAUUUUUUUACAGAGUGUGUACUUAUUUUAAUUAUUUACAGACGUUAUGAUGUUAAACAACCCGAUCGUAUCACAUUUUGUAUAUGUUAUAUAUGUAUAUGUAUUUGUAUAAAUAUACAUAUAUAUAUAGUAUAUAGUAUCAUGUAUGUGUAUGUAUACAGCACAGAAUAUAUAUGUGUAUAAUAAUAUACAAAAUAUUAGAAAUCCUAAAUACACUGAGAGAUGGGAAUGUGAAUACCGGCGUCGUGUCGAAUCGAGGCGAGGUGGAAACGUGUCACUUCUCCUGAGAAAAAAAAAAAAAGAGAAAUUGCCACGCGGCAAACCACCGCUGAGUAAAGUACGAGACGUACAUAAUAAUAAUAAUAAUAAAAAUUGCCCUUGCACUUUUGUUCCGCAUAUACAACAAGACAUAUAUAUAUAUAUAUAUAUAUAUAUAUAUAUAUAUACAUAUAUAUACAUAUAUAAAAAUAAAAUGUAAAAAUUUUUACUGCCCUGUGAGCUUGCCUGAUAGCAAACGUCAAUCGCGUCGACGCUCGCAAAAAAUCCUCCUCGCAGAAAUCUUUGUAUACCCGUGCGUUGUGUUUUACAUGUGAAACGAAUUUAUACGUAAGUUGUACGCGGCGACUGAGAAUCGGAGUCGGUAAAAAAAAAAAAACACAAAACAAAACGAGAAAAACAAAGAAAAAAAAAGACGCGUUCUUAACUUAUUGUAUAAUUGUAUAUCUCUUCACCGUAUCUUGUUGCUACUUUUGGCAUGAUAUACAGAUAUAUAUAUAUUGUGCUCUUCCUGCGCGAAUUAUACACAAGUGUUUCGCAAACACGCGUAUCUUGAUAAAAAAAAGAAAACAAAUAUAUUCGUUGCGUAAGAGAACAACUGAUUGUCUUCGAGAUGCUCGAUUUGUGUACGUACAUUAAAUUAAUUAAAACAACGUUCCAUAAUGCGCGUGUGUUUGUUUGUUUGUGUGUGUGUGUAUCUGUGUUUCGACAAACACACACAGAGACAGACUACAUAUGUCGACGAAUGCUUGGCGACAGAUUCUGUUGCAUUUCCGCUGGAAUUCUGCUGGCAGUUGUUGGAAAUGCAUCGCGUCUGCUGCCCCUUUUGACAACAAAAUCAACCGCGAAAAUUUGUUUCCGACAGAUUUUGCUAUUAUACAUUAUAUAUAUAUAUAAGAAGUGCAAUUAGAAAUUUAAAAACGACUUUGCAUGACACGACUCUUCGCCGAUUUUUUUGGUGAGGAAUUAUAAAAAAUUUCUUUCGAAAACGCGCGGUGGCGAACGAGGUGGCAUGCGUUGCAUUCAUUAUAUUUUUGUUCUACAUUCAGUGAGAAAUAAAGAAUAAACUUGUCUAA